GAAAAAAAAAAACAUUCUGAUAUUUUUAGUUAGUUGUGUGUCAUAGAUAUGACACAUAGAUUAACGUGUCCAGGGUGAGGCUAGUUUUCAAAAUAAAAAUUUAGUAUUAUUUUAAGUUGACAAUAAAUCAAAAAUAUAUUGAUCAGAAUGUCAAAUAAUUAUCAUGAUUACAUAGCCAAAGUGCUACUUAUUGGAAAUUCAGGAGCUGGAAAAACUUGUAUUCUCACUAGAUUUAUGAAUGAAGAUUUAAAAAAAAAUCAUAUUGCAACAAUUGGUAUUGACUUUAGAGUACGCACUGUUGAAAUUAAUGGAACGAAAAUUAAACUCCAAAUAUGGGAUACUGCUGGCCAAGAACGAUAUGGAAGUAUCACCCAUGCUUAUUAUCGUGGAGCUCAUGGAGUAAUGCUUGUUUAUGAUGCAACAGAUGAAAAAUCAUAUGAACAAAUUAAAUACUGGCUAUCAGCAGUUGAAGAAAAUGCACCAGAAAAUAUUAAAAAAAUUUUAAUUGGUAAUAAAUGUGAUUUAGAAGAUCAGAAAAAAGUAUCAAAAGAAGAAGGUGAAAAAUUAGCUUCCAAACAUAAUAUUGAAUUUCUUGAAACAUCAGCAGUUUUAAAUGUUAAUAUUGAAGAAGCUUUUUCUACUCUUGCCCGUGGUAUAUACACCAACAUAUUUCAAGAAAUGCAUACAAUUAGUUUGGAAGAAGACAGUACUUUGGAUAUAUCAAAACCACUGAAAAAACAGAACAAAAAAAUUAAAAAAUUUAAAAUUAGAUUGUGA